ACGGUCACAUAAACAGACACACAAACAGACAUGACAUAAACCAAACACCAUUUUCACCCCUUCUUACAAUCUAUCCAAACUCAAUAUCUCUUCCUAGUCAAGCUGUAUCUAUAUCUCAGUUUAUCGUUCAUCAUCGUCGUCAUCAUCGUAAAACAAAUCUUAUCCAUACAAUUACCCCACGCCUACGUACGACCCCACAAACACACACUAAAGCGAACAGGCCGCGCGCCGGAAUCUCACCGAAAGCUUGAUUUCUUGUUCUCUCUCUACGGACAAAAGCUAAAUCAUCGGCGACAACCACCCUUCUUUAUCAAUAUGCCGCUACUAGGUAUACUUUGCUAUACCUAAAUACAGGUCAUGAGGUAUCGCGGCGGGUACUCUGUUACAUGUUCGAGAUCCUACGAUAUGUUCUCAUGCGAGGAUACGUACGAGGGAGGCAAGAUAGGAAAGGUAGGUCUGUGGGCAGGUAGGUGGAUUGCAGAUAGAGACGGCUGAGUAUAAGUAUGGGGAUGUAAGUAUUGCAAUUCUCUUUGAUCAAAUCCUCAUUUCGUACAUAUCGACUUUCCCUCCUCUUGACAUCUUUCCAAAUCUGCAAGUUUGAAUCUAUCUCCAUCUUCCCAUACACAAUGGCAACCAUCUGUAAGCAUCCUCCCCGGUUCUUCAUCAGCAUACUAUCAUACCAUACUAAUAUUAUCCCGCAGACGACGAACCAGUUGGAUGCAACUGCGAUAACGAAUCGACCUAUGAUCAAGCCACCAUAGACGCAGCAUGCAAACAAGCACUAAAACUCGCAUCUGAAAAGAAAACCGUGGGAAGAGACAAAUACCCCCAUGUCUACAAUGGUAAGACAUCCACAGACUCUUCAACCCAUUAAUUCCCAAACUUGCAAACCAUGUCAUCCUUCCUCCCAACACCCUAUUAACAAGUAACCCAUGGAAACUAGACUACGAAAAAUUCACCUUCCUCCCCGCAGCCAAGAAACCCUACCUCGAAUUCCCCAUUCUCGCCAACGGCGAAAUAUACACGGGUUCUGAACCGUCUUCUCCGGGCGCCGAUCGUAUCGUUAUUGGGAGUAUUGCGACGGAUUAUCAAUCUGCUAUUUUCUGCGCUGUGAUUACACAUGAUGGGAGUAAGAAGAAUGGGUUUACGGAGUGUGCGAAUACGGGGGAUGAUGGUGAGGGAGCUUAUGGAAGGAGGGAUGGACAAGAUGAGGGGAAAGAUGGGAGGGAUUUAUUGGAGUGGAUUGAUUUGUAGGUUGGGUCGGGUUGGGUUGGGGUAGGGUUGUAUUUAUUGUAGGUAGAAAGUAGAGGUAUUAUGA